AUGUCCAAAUUCCACACCUGGAAUCUAGCCGUAAGGGCCCAUUACCUUGAUCCAAGAUUGAAGUCCAGGCCCACUCAAGCCCAGCAAGAAGACUCGAGCCCACCAAGCGACUCCCUCGUAAGCCAGUUAACUGCCAUCCGAGCUAUUCCGGUCGACGUAAAGACGAGCUCCAGCUCGAUCAAGGACCAGGUCGGCACUGCGAAGAAAGACGAAGUCAAAGAAGAUCUCCUUCAAAUCCGGUCUGGUCCGAGAUCACCGGGAUCGUUAGCUGCACGUGGCGAGAUACGCGGAGGUGGAUCGUAG